CUCCCUGUUAUUUGCCUUCCCAUUAGCCAUCUUUGUUAGUGGAUAGUCGAUAGAAUUUGUUACGUGGUUCCAACUGCAAACCUUUUGUAGAAAGCCUUUCUGAAUGGAAAGUGAUAACGUAUUUCCAGUACAAGAGUUACAAGAAGAAAGUAAACAGCCUUUGAUAGAUGCCUUGCCUUAUGCUGACGAGAAUAUUCUUGAGAGCUCCGAAUUGUCUCGUCAAGUCGAGAGCCUACUCCAAACAGAGUUGAGCCUUGUAGAGAAGAAGAGUUGGGAAGAACAACAGAGUAAAAGUUUAUUCUUAGACAGUUUGGUUGGAAUAGAGGUACAGCGAAUGGAAGAAGGGUUACCGUCGGAAUAUGAAGAUCCCUUUAAGAGAUACCAAGUUUCGUAUCCUAGCGGUACAAAGGAAGCAGACGUGCACGAAUGGGAGAAGAGUAUACAUUUACUGCAAACAUCGCUGGAACACGAUCUUUUAUGCUUGGCCAACUUGGAAUUGUUGAAGAGAUACGGUUCUCAAAGCUGGUUAUUGUUUGUCAGUCAACUUGAGAAACAAGUACAACGUCACCGUAUAAUGUUGAAUGAAGAGAAAAAUCAUAUAGAUGAAGUGAACGUUCGACGAAAAAAAUUGCAAGAAGGAGCACUGAGAAAAUUGACCAAUCUUGACAGAACUUGGAAGCAGCUGAUUAGAAAGAACAAGCAAAUUGAACUUGCUUGCAGUCGCUUGGAAGCCGAAAUUCGACAUCUCAAGGAAACGGCUUGACUCAUUGAAACGUUACUGUACU